AUGCCUAAGAUCACGGAGAUUUUCUUUGACUGUGACAACACCCUCGUCCUCUCGGAGGAAUUGGCCUUCGAGGCCUGCGCUGACCUCGCCAAUGAGAUCCUCGAGAAGCAGGGCCUCCCCGUCCGCUACACCGGUGAAGAGCUCAUAAAGGACUUUGUUGGUCAGAACUUUCGCGGCAUGAUGCAGUCUCUGCAGGCCAAGUUCAUGUUCGAACUCAGCAAGGAUGAACUUGAGUCCUACGUUACAGCGGAGGAGGACAAGGUCAUCGCUAAGCUGCUCGAGAAGGCUCAGCCUUGUGUUGGUGCCACCGAGCAGGUUGAGAAGCUCUUCGAGUCCAAGAAGUACGACCUCGCCGUUGUUUCUUCCUCUGCUCUGCGCCGUGUCCGCGCUUCCAUUGAGAAGGUUGGACAGGACAAGUACUUCGACCACGAUAAGGUCUUUAGUGCUGCCACUUCCCUUCCCAAGCCUACUUCCAAGCCCGACCCCGCCAUCUACAUCCACGCUCUGAAGGAGUGCGGAAAGACGGCCGAGGAGACUGUCACCGUCGAGGACAGUAUCUCUGGUGCUACCAGUGCCAUUCGUGCCAACAUUGCAGUCAUUGGCUACGUCGGCAGCUAUCCCACUGAGGAGAAGCAACAAGAGAUGACCCAGCGUCUCGCCGAUCUCGGCGCUCAGGUCAUCAUGAAGGACUGGAGCGAAUUCCCCGACUGCCUCAAGAAGAUCGAAGAGGCGGAGGCUCCCGUCGCUGCUCUCUAA